AUGGGAGAUCAUGUGACAGAAUUUAACAGAAUCCUAGACUACAAGGAUAUGUUACUCCAAACAAAUCCUGGUAGCACUUGUGUUGUGAAGCUUAAAGAUUCAGAAUCAAGAAAUGGGAUGAAACAAUUUCAGUCUUUUUAUAUUUGUUUUGAUGCUAUGAAAAAAGGUUUUCAACAAGGAUGCAGAAGAUGUAUAGGGAUGGAUGGGUGUUUUCUAAAGGGAAUUUGUAGGGGUCAAUUUUUGGUAGCUGUUGCUAAAGAUGCAAACAACCAAAUGUAUCCAAUAGCAUGGGCAGUAAUUGAUACUGAAAGCAAGUUGAUAUGGAAAUGGUUCAUGACCAUUCUGAAAGAUGAUCUUAAUCUAGGAAGUGGUUCCCAGCUAACUAUAAUUAGUGAUAUGCAAAAGGUACUAAUAGCUGGUGUAGAUGAAUUAUUUCCAGAAUGUGAGCACAGAAUGUGUGCUAGACACAUAUUAGCAAAUUGGUCACAAAACUUCAGAGGCUUAGAGAGAAGGAAGAAAUUUUGGGCUUGUGCUAGAUCAACAUUUGAGGCACAAUUUAAGUACAAUAUAAAUGCCCUGUCCAAGCUGGGAAUAGGUAUUGUUGAAUCCCUUAUCAAAUACAACAAGGAGACAUGUUGCAAAGCUUUUAUUCAAACAUUUUCAAAGUGUGAUAGUAUAGAUAACAACAUGGCAGAGAGUUUCAAUUCUUGGAUCUUUGGACCUAGGAACAACACCAUUGUAACUAUGUUGGAAGAAAUUAGAGUUAAGUGCAACAUUGAAUGGAAUGGUGAUGUUGGAUUUGAAGUGUUAGAAGGGGUAUACAACCAUACUGUGAACUUGGGUCAAAAAAAAUGUAGUUGCAGAUCAUGGGAAUUAAAAGGUAUUCCAUGUGCACAUGGUAUAGCAGCAAUGAACCACUUGAACAUGGAUGCAUCACAAGCAAUAUCUAGUUGGUAUAGAAAAGACACAUAUAUGAAGACAUAUUCUCAUUUCAUUCAACCAGUCCCAAACAUGGAAAUGUGGCCUGAAAGCAGAAACCCAAUGACUGAACCACCUGAGGCAAGACAAAUGCCUGGUAGGCCACCAAAGAACAGAAAAAGAGAAAUUGGUGAAGUGAGAAAAGCUGGAAAGUUGCCAAGAAUGGGGACAGUAAUGACAUGUUUACUUUGCAAAGGACCAAAUCAUAACAAGAGAAAUAGUCCAAAAAAUCCUAAACCUAAGUCUACACCAACACCCACUCAAGAGUUGAUAUUGCAGCAAGGAUUGUCUAGAAGAAGGAGGGUUAAUUCUGGUGUGGUGAAUUAUGCACAUGUGACAGGUGAUAUUGGUUUUAAACCUACCAAGGGACUGAAGUGGAAAGGCAAACAGGCCAUGACUCAAAGAGAACUUCAAGUCGAAAGUGUUAUGCGUCGCAUUCAAACCAGAUCAAAAGCUGAUGGCAUUCAAACAAGGUCACAAGCCAAAGGAAAAUCACUCUCAAAGAAAACUUCUUAG